AUGUAUCUGGCCCGGCUACCCAGGGACAGACGACGUGUGUUUCUGAAGGGGAAAAUGGGGAGGGGGCGGCUCGUUCCGGCAGGCACCUUGCUGUUUUUUUUCAAGGACACAUCCUUUUCGCCUUCUGUCGAGCAAAGGGUCGCCUCUGCCGCGAUGCAUGAGGAGAAAGCGAUAUGGCUGCUCGCAAACACACACAAAGCUUGGGGCCCCUUUGCUGCUGUGACCCCCCGUUGCGCCGCCCGAGGCCUCUUUUCUUUAAGAGCAAUUGCACUUGCGCUUUCUGGUUUUUUGCACAUUUAUUGCGCUUCCCCCUCGCGUCCCCCCCGUUACUUCGCUACCAGCACUUUCUAUGGGUCUGAGGAGAGGAGGCCCCUGCGGUUUGCAAUUGCCUGGCUCCCCGACAUCCCCCCUCCUUUCAUUGUCAUGUUGUUAGGCCUCUGCCUUGAUCUCUCUGCUCCCAGGGCAGCCACAUCCGGCAAGGAACUGGAGUGGAGAAAGGUAUUCAAGAUGGCCGCCACACAAGGCCUGACCCUUAGAGAGGACCUUAAGAUGGGGACGCUAAUCUAG